AUGGACCAAAAAAUUAAUUCAGCGAGUAAUUCAAAUCCUAGCAUACCAAUUCAUAGAAAUAGAUUCUUAGACUUGAAUCCGCACUCAAUUUCUGCUUUGGCGUUUCCACCACCGCCCAAACACGCCAAAGAUAGUGAAUGGCUUGGAUUUGGAUUGUUAGCCGUUGGAAAGAGCAAUGGGGAUAUUGAAUUGAAGCAUUACGUAAACACAGCCACACACUCUCAGCUUAGCGUUAAGAAGCAGCCACCGGGCAAAGGCUGGGUUCUUGAUAAGAUACUCCCCGCUCACUUACCUUCGGGUAAAAUUCAUUCGUUAUUCUUCACGAGAAGACACCCAGCACCCCCACACGCAGGCACAUACACACACGCUAUUUCAUCACUCAACCCAUACACUUCAAAGCACCUCAGAUUAUUCUCUAGCAGUGGUACAAAUACCGUUAUUGAAUGGGAUAUAAACACUGGUAAAAUUUUAAACAAACUAUCCUCCGAUGGUGGAGCUAUUUGGUCAAUGUGCUCAUCACCAUCCACCAACUCACUCGCUCUAGGCUGCGCUGAUGGUCGUAUUAGGUUGGUUGACCUUCAAAACAACCAAUUGCAAGUUUCAAGAGUACUCGCUCAUGUACCCACUCGAUUAUUAUCCAUUGCUUGGUGUAGAUCCUCACAAGAUAACGAUGAACAGAAGAAUGGCUGGGUCGUUGCUGGUUGCUCUGAUUCCAGUUUAAGAGUCUAUAAUCUCGAAAAUGGUCGCGUAAAUGACCGACUCUCCGUCGAUAAAACUAACCAUGAACACACGUUGAUCUGGUCUGUUAACGUCCUCGAAGAUAACACCAUCAUCAGUGGUGAUAGUCUCGGUAAUGUGAUUUUCUGGGAUAAACAAUCAUCUUCCCAGAUAUCCUCCUUUAAAUCUCAUGAGGCUGAUGUUCUUACAACUUCUGUCUCAUCUGACGGCAAAACUGUUUUUAGCGGUGGUAUAGAUCAAAGAGUCUCUCAAUUUACAAAGGUGUCCAUUUCUGACGAUCGCCUCGAUACGAAGUUCUUCCAAUCUGGUUCGAGGCGUAUACACACUCACGAUAUCAACGCUAUCUCGGUUUGGCCUCCUCAAGGUACCCCUGACAACUUUGCCUUAAGCAGCCAAGUACCUGUAGUAGUCAGUGGUGGUAUCGAUCCCCACAUGAAUCUUACACCGGGUGGUAUACCUCUCAACCGUAAAGUUAAAGAAAAGCAGCUUGAAAUCUCACUCGUCAACCCUGUCUCUUCAUCCAAAGCUGUAACUUUCGCAGAUAGCUGGCAUAAACGCUCGCCUUACGUCCCUCUUAAUGGUAGAGGUAGUGUUAGCGUUUGUAGAGCAAGACGGUGGGUGAUAGCCAGACGUGAUAUGGGUCUUAGUGUUUGGAGGAUCAAGUCUGCCGAUGAAGACUUCGGAGAGGGUGGUUAUGACAAGGUAUUAGAUACCGAAUUUAAGUUCCGCACCCAUCUCAUAUCUCAUUCUGUCUCCCCAGAUGGUCACAUGCUGGCUGUCAGUGAUGCGUACGAAACCAAACUGUUUACGCUCGCUCAAAAUGGUCCUCCAAUUCCUAAAAAGGUGAAGCUGGACAGCUCACUUCCAGGAGCUAAUUACAUAGAGUUCACACCAGAUUCCAGAAGAAUCAUCAUGGCCUUAUCAGGCGCAUCGUCAGUAGUCGUUUAUGACUUGGAAGACGGAAUACCUAAGCUUCUCAAGGAGUGGAGUAACAAAUCAUCGUCUGUGCGCAACAUUCGUAGAAUGCCUGACAGGAAGUCGACAGCCUCAAUGGACGUAGAUAUGAGUGAAAGUGAUGAUGAAACAGAUAACGAUAACAAGCUCGAAUCCUCAGUGCACACAUUGGCUUGCUCUAGGGAUGGCCAGUGGUUGGUAAUAGCUGAUUAUGCCUGCAAUAUCCAGAUAUACAACCUGGAUUCAAUGCAACACCAUGCCACUUUACCAAGCCUGAGCGAUUUACCAGCAGCUAUCAAAUUUCAUCCAUUGCAUCAGUCGCUGCUGAUUAUCGCACUUCCUAACUGUUUAAUUAGUUUCUAUGAUGUGGAGAAAAAGUCAACUCCAGCUUGGUCUAAGCAGCUUAAUGAGUCUACCAUGCCGGAGAGCUACGUACAGAUAGUUGACCCGCUGCAGGGUAUCAUACUUAAUCCUGAUCCUUCAACCCUUCCACCGCAAUUCCACGGCGUCGACUCGAAUGCCAGCACGCUGGACUCACAUAGCGAUAGCAAGCUCAUCGCUUACGGUGCUACGUGGAUGUGUGUAAUCAAGUAUAUGGCAAAUGACACGGACAGCAAUCGCAAAGCACUGUCCAAAUCAUCCAAAUCGAACAAACGCAAGAUGAAUAAGCAGGAUAGGAAUAAGAUGGCUACCGAUUUAGCCAACGUCAAGAAGCAGAUGGGCGACGCUGCGAAUGGGAUCAUAUUCCAAGAGGAUGAAAUUCUUCAGCGUGCGGAAGAAGCAUCAUUCUUUAAGAUGGUUAACAGAUAUCAGCCAAUCGCUUGUGCAGACUUUAUCGGUCCUUCUGAACUGAUGGUGGUGGAGAGACCACAGUCAGACUUUGUCACUGAUCUUCCACCUGCAUUCUAUAAGCACAAGUAUGGUCUGUCAUGA